AUGGCAAGGGAUCCUGUCGCGGAGGACCGCGGGGAGAGGGGGAAGGUGUGGGGAGAAAAACAAGGAGUCGCUGGGGUAGCAAUUGGGCGAGUACCGGGUCCCUUAAAGCUGGGGAACAGCAACGGCGCGGGGAUUCGCAAGAGGAUUUUGCGGGAUGGAAGAGCUUUGAUGAGGCCGGUCUGGUUCUCAUCCAGCCGGCGGCGCUACGGGAAAGAAGAGACUCUGACGUUACCGGCCGGCGGGGCAGCCACUGGCCUGUGUGUUCGAGUCCGCUGCCGGUCAUUAGCCAUCACCCCGCUGCUCGGCGGUUGCGAUCUUCUUUUGAUAACUUAA